AUGAGGCUAGGGGAGGAGUAUUCUGCUCAGCUGGGGCCGGGCGCCAUCAAGGAGAAUCCCUUCAACCAGACAUUUGCCUCGCCAGUGACAGCGGCACGGGACGGCGCCUUUCUGCGCAUGGCACAGGCCACAGGCACCGACAAAGUGACCACUCACUCCUACCACUAUCUUUACACUCGCUAUUUGGCGCACGCCCGCUUCCACCAGCUCAACAUCCUGGAGAUAGGGCUGGGCUGCGACAUGGGGUACGGCGCCGGCGCCAGCCUGCGCCUCUGGCGAGCCUACCUGCCCUGCAGCCGCAUCAGCUUUGUGGAGUACGCCGCCAAGUGUGCAAUCAAAUGGAAGGACAGCAUCGAGCAGCAAGGGGGCGGCAGGCUCUACAUAGGGUCUCAGGAUGAUGUGGCGCUGCUGCAACGAAUCAAGGCCGAUGCUGCAUCCUUUGGCGGCUUUGACAUGAUUGUGGACGACGGCAGCCACGUGCCGGAGCACCAGCAGGCGACGCUGGAGGGGCUGUGGAGCGCUCUCAAGCCGGGGGGCGUGUACAUCAUAGAGGACCUGCACGACCAUUGGAAGCUGCCCAACGCCCUGCAAGCGGUGCCGGCCCCAGCGGUGCCCUCCCUGCCGGUGCCGCUGUUCGGCCACCUGCUGCACCUGCUCAACUGCCACUCGUAUGCGCUGCGCGACUACGAGCCGCGCAGUCUGGCCUGGUGCCACAACCAGGCGGUGCACUCUCAGUUCAGGGAUGUGGCCAACCUCGACUGCAUGAGCGAGGCUUGCGCCCUGGUCAAGGGCCAGCCGCUCUUGCCGCCCCGAGUGGCGUAG